GAGCAGUGACAGCAGUGACAUUUUCUCUAGUGUGAAAAAAGAACGUAAAUUUGGCUUCGAGGGCACCAAAGUGAAUCAUUUUCAUUGAUUUUUCGCAUUGGGAUAUAGCUAAAAAGUAGUUCUUGGUGUACCUCAGUGCGUGAAGAUUGGUGUGGCGUGCGAUAAAGUCCGUGAAAAGGGGGUAGUGUGGAGUUGUGUGGAAAAAUUUCAUGGUCAUCUGUGACGCCCUCAAUCAACAAAACAAUGGACAGUCCCACGGAGAGUGAGAGCAAAAGUCUGCAGUACUGGAAAGAUCGAGCCACAUACUGGAAGCAUGAACUGGAUGAGUUCACGGAGAGUAGUCAUCAGCUGGAGCAGGAAUUGGAAUAUUCGCUGAAGCAGAAGGAAGAACAAAUUCGGGAUCUUCGACUGAAGUUGAAUAAGCAGCAGCAAGACAAUGAAAUGCUGCGCCUCAAGAUGAUUAAAUGCGAGAAUGAGAUCACGCAGAUGGAAUCUAGGUAUCAGUCAGAACGAAAGGAUAAGGAAGAGCUGGCAAAGUAUAUGCGAGAGCUAGAACAGAAGAAUGAUGAUCUUGAAAGGGCACACAGGAUUGUCACGGAAACUGUGGCGGAAUUUGAGAGAUCCCUGAACAGGGAAUACGAGAAGAAUGUGAUGCUAGAGGUGGAGUUCGAGAUGGAAAAGGAGAGUGCUCAGGAGCAAUUGCAGCGACUGAUGGAUGAAACGAGAGACCUGAAGCAGGAACUCAAAAUCCGCCAGAGACCAAUUGGCAACAAUAAUGCUCAGUUGGAGGGCAGUGUCUCGUCAGAAACUCAGACGACACCACGUUCCAGAGCAGCAGACAUUGCAGCUGCUGUUCAGGCCUGUCCAGAUUCCCAAUCUCGCCGAGACAAUUCCAUAAAACAGAGCACCACAUCGACAAUGGGAUCAGCAGAUCGCCUGAAAAAUGGAAAUGCACUACCAUCAAGCACCAGGACAACAGCUCUGGCCAUUGUGGCAGAUCUCCUGCGUCGAGUCAAUCUCGAGAGCAAAUUGCUGUGCUCAACUUGCAAGAGAUUUCGGUGUUCGUGUGUCGUUGAUCCAUCAAAUCCAAUUCCUCCACACACUUCCCCCACAGAGAAUGCAUCAGAUGAGACGAGAUCGAGCAAUUGGUUUCUGGAAAGAAUCCAACAGACAACUAGUCGUUUAAAUAAGACGAUCGAUGCCACGCUUAAGGAGCUGAAACAACAGCCCAGAUCCACAGAAGAGAGUCUUCAAGUCACGAAAACAGCCUCAUGUGAUAACAAUAUUCAUAUAAAGUGAACAGCUCGCCCGGAUGGCUGUUGCUCAGCAGUAUAACAUGAUGAAUUUCAAUCGAGAGAGAAUAAUCCAGAGAAGCCCAUAUUUAUUUUAUUUUUUUUUUAUUUAAUAAAUCACACUCACACCCAAA